AUGACCCACCAAGCCGACCAACACAAAACCGAACAAGCCCCCAAAAAUGACUUCCACACUCUACCUGUUGAAGAUAAGAAAAGUGGGACCACCCCCGCCGUCCUAGUGGGCACACCAGGAUUAAACAACGACGGAGUGGUUACCACCCAAGCCGGGCCGGUGAUUCCAGGGGAACAAUUGGCCGGAGUGCCCAUCAAAUCGUCCGAGGAUCUCGACCAACGAGCCGAUGCGUUGAACAAGCCCAAGCCCAACUAA